AUGCUCCUUAUGAUCCUUAUGCUCCCUAUGCUCCCUCCCGGCCCUAGGCACCCCAUCCCGCCCCUCCUUGACCCCUCUUCUCUUCCCCACAGGAUGCCGAUGCUCCCUCUGUUCCCUCUGCAUCAACCCCACCGCCGUGGGAACCAUGCUCUCUCUGCUCUCUCCCACUCGCCCGCCUUCUCCCGUCUUCCGACCCCUCCUGCUGUUCUAUCCGCCUGCCCUUUCAACUCCCUCUCCCCGCUCGCCUCUCUCUCGCCUCCAUCCCCGCCACUAACUCCCCAAUCGUCCCCCUCCUGCCUUUCCUCUUGCACCAUCCCCACCUCCUCCUCCGCUCUUCUCUCCCCCCCUGCGCCAGCAGGAGGAGAGGAGAAAACAGACGGGGAGUGCGACCCCAGCGGCGGCGUCAGCGCAUUUCCCUCAUGCCAACGCUCGCUCUCCCCCCGUUUGUCUCUCCCGCGCUCCUCCUUCCUCUCCUCCUUCCUCUCCCUCUCUCUGUCCCUCUCCCACGAGCCAGGGGACGGGGGGGAGAAGGAGGAGGGGGAGGAGGAGGAGGAGGAGGAGGAGGAGGAGGAGGAGGAGGAGGAGGAGGAGGAGGAGGAGGAGGAGGAGGAGGAGGAGGAGGAGGAGGAGGAGGAGGAGGAGGAGGAGGAGGAGGAGGAGGAGGCAAGCGGAGAUGGAGAUGGGAGCGGGAAGGAGACAGGUCGAAAAUUCGGCCUGAGUAGGACACCAUGGCGCAAAACGUGUGACGAGGAUCACAGGGCGAGGCUGAGACUGGGAGGCUGA